UCUUGGAUCAGCCAUCCCGCCUACUUUACUGAGUUUCUGUUUUACACUGAGAUUGCUGUUGGAGUUGCAAUACUGUGCCUUAUCGUAGAAUAUAUCUUUCGCAGAGCUUUUCUGUUAUUAGGUGAUCUUUGCUAGGCAGAUUGAAAACAUGCAUUUUCUUCAUUGUGUGAAAACAGCUUAAUCUUCCGUGUUUGUGAUAGGUUUUCGAAAUUGUUUUCAUUCAUGAAGAUGGUUGAAACUAGUAGUAUACGCCAGUUCCUGAUAUUGUUAUAUAAAGGGCUUUUAUUUCGAAAGAGACAUUAUAUAGUUACAUUUUUUGAGAUUGUUGUGCCUGUUAUGCUUAUGAGUGUGCCUGCUAUAAUACAGUCAGAAUCCAAUGCCAGUUCUCCUUAUAGACCAUCUGAUUACGAUAAACCAUCAGAAUAUAUGACAGAAUGGAUAGAUCCAAAAUUUUAUCUUCCUUUUGAUCCAUUUGAAAAAGGAAUGUAUGAGAUAAAUAUGCAGUUUGUUUUUGCACCAUCAAAUGGAAUCGCUGAAAAACUUAUGAAUGCUUCAGUUGAGCUAUGGAAAGAAAAAACGAAAUAUAAACCCAAGAGUAUAGUAAUAAAAGGUGUUGCUGAUGAAGAUGAAAUGGAAGCAUAUUGCCGUUAUGCACAGAGAUCUGACAAUUACUUAACUAUAAUUGGAACAGUUUUCAAUAAUUUUGUUUCAAAGAAGGAAUUACCUGCAUCAUUAGAUUACAAAAUACGAUAUGGAGAACCAUAUCAGCGAUCUUUUUACACUACCUCAAAGUAUCGUGUUAAUGGGCCAAGUUAUGACACUGGUAAAAUAAAAGACCUUGCAUUGUAUUGUAUGCUUUUGUAAAUAGUUGUCUGAUUU